AUGUUAAUAAUAUCGAUCGACGCUGUUAAUCAUAAUCGUGAAAAAAGAAUACCUUACUUAUGGGGCAAAAUUCAAGAUAAAGUAAGAAAUGUUACCAGCGAUAAAUUUGAUAUUGAUAACAGACGAUUUGAUGAAGAAGACAUGCUAUUAUUUACCGAUAUUGGAUUUCAACCACAAGCAAAUACAGACAAUUGGAAUUUAGUCUGUCAUGGAUGGCGAUAUCAAGGAUCAAAGCGUAAUAAAUUUUUGGGUAUGUCAACAAGCUCAGCAGCAGAACUUAUAGCUCAUUUUGUGGCAAAUAAUGAACAAUUACUUUACUUAAAUAAUUCGUUUCAACGUGAUAGAUUAAAACCAUUUCUCGUUGGAGAUGGAUUCAACAAAUUAAUUGGAAUUACUAUUGGAAAUCAUUCUCUUACAACAACAACAGAUAGUGAAGGCGAAUUCCAUGCGGUUCUAACUUAUCCAAAUGAUGAAGUUAAUCAACUUAAAAAAGAUGGAGCCAUUUCGUACAUAGCAGUAGACGAUAAUAACCGUACACUGGAGGGUGUUAUUCGUUUAAUCGAACGUCAUGGCUUAUCCGUAAUUUCUGAUAUUGAUGAUACAAUUAAAAUCAGUGAGGUGUUAGAUAAAAUAAGAUUAAUAGCAAAUACAUUUAUUCAACCAUUUAAACCUGUACCAGGAAUGGCCACCUUAUAUCAGCAGUGGAAGAAGCGACACAAUUGUACAUUUCAUUAUUUAAGUGCAAUGCCCGAUCAACUCUUUACACUAACGAACGAAUUUAUUGACAAAAAUAACUUUCCCAUUGGUUCAUUUCAUAUGCGGCAUUUUCAUUGGACAUCAAAAUCUAUCUUCAAUUUUGUUCAUUCUCAAAGUACAUUUAAUCAUAAACUCAAAUACUUACGAUAUUUUCUAUCAAAUACAAUGCGAGACUUUGUUUUAAUUGGCGAUUCCGGUGAGAAGGAUCCUGAAGUGUACGGUUUAAUUACUCGUGAAUAUCCAGAAAGAAUUCGUGCCAUAUUUAUUCGACGAAUAAGUGGUUCAUUAAGCUCGGAUAGUCGAUUUGCACAAGCAUUUAAAAAUAUACCACAAGAAAAAUGGAUGAUUUUUGAUGACCCAAAGCAAAUACCCAUUGAUCUUACAAAACCACCACGAACUCAGUAG